AUGAAGAUGAAGAUGUUUGUUGAGAAGACUACCGUUGCGGUGCGAGGAGCGGCGUUUGUUGCGCUUCUUGUUGGUGUUGGCGCGGCGCCUGGGAUGACGACGAUGACGGUGCCUGCGGCCACGGACGUGGGAGCGAAUACCGCGGAUGUGUAUCCUCCUGCUAGUAAGUCUGUGGUUGGGUUCCCUGGACCGACACCCACGGGGGCCGAACCGUUUGCCAUCCAAACCGCACCAGCGUAUCCGUAUAACGAUGGUUCCGCGUCGUCAUACCCGCUGAUCCUACCCCAGCCACACGGCAGCGGUUCGCAAUCUCCAAACUUGGACAUUGCAAAAUACUGGGGAAACCUAAGUCCAUGGUACUCUGUCCGCAGCGCAGACUACGGACUCCCAGAUGCUAGCCCUUUAAUCCCAGAUGGCUGCGAGAUUACGCAGAUGCACCUUUUGUAUCGCCAUGGUGCUAGGUAUCCAACCAGUGACGCAGCGCCAGCGAAAUUUGCACAAAAGAUUGUUAAUGCGACGAAAACUGAUGGACUUGCAUUUUCGGGGGAGUUGGAGUGGUUGGCGAAUUGGAAGUAUAAGCUUGGUGCCGAGUUACUCACGCCAUCUGGACGCAGUGAGAACUUCAUGUUGGGCGUGGAGUAUAGGCAGUUGUAUGGGCAUUUGCUUAAUAACUUUACUGAGAGUGGGAAGAUUCCGGUUUUUAGGACAGAGAGUCAGGAUCGUAUGGUUCAUACGGCGGAGAAUUUUGCUGCUGGGUUUUUUGGUGUCCCAGAAUACAUGUCCCAAGUCAACAUCGAGCUCCUCGUCGAAACCCUGGGUGUCAACAACUCAGGCGCCCCCUACGAAAUUUGCAACAACUCCAACAUCGCCUCCCGCGGCAGCAUCGGCAGCAAAGUGGCCUCGGACUUCGCCCACUCUGCCUUCAACGCCACGCUUGCCCGUCUCCAAUCGCAAGUCGAAGGCAUAACCCUCACCUCCACCGACGCAAUCGCCAUGCUACAACUAUGUUCGUACGAAACCCACGCCUUAGGCUAUUCCCCCUUCUGCACCCUCUUCUCAGCACAAGACUUCAUAAACUACGAAUACUACUACGACCUCUCCUUCUACUACAACAACGGCUUCGGCAGCCCCGUGGCCGCGGCCCAAGGAAAAGGCUUCCUCGAUGAAUUCAUCGCGCGCUUUACGCAGACGUAUCCGCAAGCGAAUUCGGCGCUGAACGAGACGUUUGAUAAUUCCAGCACGUAUUUCCCGCUCGAUCAGAGUAUUUAUGCCGAUGCGACGCAUGAGGUUGUUGUGCUGGAUGUGCUGACGGCGUUUAAUCUUACCGCGCUGUUUAAAGGUGGGCCGUUGAGUGGGAAAGGGAAUGAGGGUAAAAGUGCGUUUGUGGCGAGUAAGGUUGUCCCUUUUGCGACGCAUUUUACGACACAGGUGAUGGAGUGUAGGGCUAUGGUGCCGACGAAGCAGAUUAGGUUUAUUGUGAACGAUGCUGUGCUACCGAUUGAUGGAUCAUACCCUGGAUGCCCUGAUGAUGCAAAUGGGCUUUGCUCAUUCGAUAACGUGGUAGAUAUGCUGAAGAAGAGGAGUGCAGAGAUUGAUUUCGAGUAUGAUUGUUUUGCGAAUUACACUGCUCAGGCUGGGGUGGAUUAUAAUGGGAGGGCGCCGAGGUAG